ACUACCUGCAACUCACGCCCAGACGUUGCCAUCCCUGCCAACCAUCAAUCCAACGGCGCCAAAAUCCGCACACUAAAGUCACCUAAAGCCCUUGUCCUCUCAGUAAUCGACACCCGCCUGGGACCUCGCGAGCAACAGAUCUCCCCGGAGAUCAGAGACAAACCUGGCCACACGAUCCCCGCUCACACGAGCACUGCCCAGCACCCCAAGAGACCCACGCAGCCUCAUCCGGCACAUCGCGCGCCUCCUCAAAAUGGCAGAGGGCACAUCCACCUCGAUCAACAUCCCGCAGCUCAUCGCGGUCGCGCUCGUCGGCUUCCUCGCCAUCCGCUGGUUCCUCAACAAACCCUCCACCACCACCACCUCCUCCUCCUCCUCCUCCACAUCGCGCGGCCGCAGUAUAGACGUCAGCAAAGUGGAGCAGGUGUCUGCUAUGUUCCCGCAGCUGGACCGGAGGACGAUUGCGUGGGAUUUGCAUCGCAAUGGGGGGAAUGUGGCGGCUACGACGGAGAGGGUGUUGGCCGGGCGUGGCCUGGAGAGUCCGCCGCCUUCGUUUCAGCCGAAUUUGCCUUUGCCGGCGGGCAGCUCGUCUACGACCGGCGCGGGGGCAGCGGGUGGUAAUGGCGGUGGUGCGGUCAAGAGACAUAAUGCCUUCGGCCAGCCGGAUCUGAUCACGAGGUACAAUUUACAGUCGCGGAUUAGUGGGAAGGGCAAGGAGGCUGUGCCGAGCGAGGAGCAGCAGCGGAAUGCAUGGAGUGCGGAUAAGAGUGCGCGGGCGGAGGGGCUGAGGAAGAGGAGGGAGGAGAUGAUUCUGGCGGCGAGGCGGAAGAUGGAGGCGAGGGAUGGGGAGGAGACGUGAUUGGGGUGUUGCUGUUGUGUCUACUGCGUUUGGUUUGAAUGUUCUUUGGGUCAAGCGUUCACCGAUUCAUGAGAGUUCAGAGGAGGAGGGCUCUGCUCUGCUCUUUGAGUGUGGCCUUGAUUGAGGCUGUUCUUCUCACGAUGAAGGACGACGUAUGCACUCCUUCACUAGACUACGCACUCGCACAUCCACUCUUCUCUCUUGAUUGACCAUCUGUGUCUCAUCUAGCCGUGAACAUGACGUGUCUCCAACCGUUCAGCCUUCUGAGUUUCGCCGCAACUUAGCGCUAGCGAGCUGCAGGUCGCGACGCCAAGCCAUCCAUGCUGGCGCGAGAGGCCGACUUCUGCUCACCCCACAUGGCAAAGUGAACACCACACCUGCAUCCU